AUGUCAACAUCAGAGAACACAACAACUGCUAUCGUUCAUGAAGCCAUAGAUGAAGAAUACGAGUACAUACAGUUUAACAAACAACUCCGUCUCAUUCGUUCGGUCAAAGAUGACAUGUACCAAAUGCAAAGUAUUUUGACAGAAUGUUUUGCUCCAGAUACUAAGAAACCACAAGACUGGUUUGA